AUGGACUUGGCUGAUGAGAAACAAAUCAAGAAAAGAAAAUGCAAGACAAAAGAAGAUCAACCAACAAAAGGGUUGGAAACUCUGCGUCAAGAAAUCUCCAUCGACAUACUUUCGAGGCUACCUAUAACAUAUCUCCUUCAAUCUAAGGUUGUGUGCAGAGCCUGGAAUAUGCUGUCACAUGAUCUUCAUCUUGUUAACUUGCACCUCGCCCGGGCGAUAAGGAACAAUUCGUGCCUGAUCUUUCAUUCCGAUUAUCCAAUUCGAAACCAGCUUUACUUUGUUGAACUUUCUGAUCUUGAUGACACAGAGAAUGUGAGAAAGAUUCAGGCUCCUUUCUCUGCUUCCAUGCCAGAGUUUGAUGUGGUAGGCUCAUGCAAUGGCUUACUAUGCUUAUUUGACUCGUUAUUCUGCGACGCAAUACAUAUCUACAACCCUUUUACUAGAGACCUCAAGGAGCUGCCCAAAUCCUUUCAUUUUAAAGAACAAGAGGUGAUUUUUGGGUUUGGGUUUCAUCCAGCUACCAAUGAGUACAAGGUGAUCAAAAUAGUUUACUAUAACAAUGCAUAUGAUGAAUAUAAUAGGCCCUGGCAUUAUCCCAAAUUCAGACCCCGUGGUUUUCGAUUCUCGGAUGUUCAAAUACUUAGUCUGUGCAGUAACACAUGGAGGAGUAUUGGAAAAGUACCUUACAAGCUAGAUAGAAGGUGGUUAUCAGAAGCUUCAGUGAAUGGAAGGCUUCACUGGAACGGUAGGAUCUUGCUAGAGCACAGAGGUGGAAAUCUAGUUUCUUAUGAUCCAGAGAGUGGAACAUUUGAGGAUCUAAUGUUUCAGGGGAUGCCUAAUGUGGUUCAAACAGUUGUUCAUGUUGGCAGCCUUAACAUCCCCACCGAUACAUAG